AUGGAUUUGUCCUCCUCUGACCCUGGGAAUCCCAAAUUGUUAUUCACCACUUUAUUAGGCAGGUCAGGGCAAGAAAAACUUGUAACUUUCCAAAACAUCACAGACUCUGGAACUUGUAGAAGAGGGUGUAGAAACAUUCCACCAUGUUCCCAGCAGUGUUGCCCAGACAUUGACAUUCAAACCUACUUUGAAGUUGAUCACUAA